GCUGCGACGCCGAGUUUCACUCAGGCUGCCUCCUCGUUAGAGUGGGAGCUGCGGCCGGAGCAGUGCCCAGGCCGAAGUGGAGCUUCAGUCUGAGCGCGGCGGUGUCCUCCACCCGCUGCCUCGCUCUCUUCAGUCUCGGUGCCUUGGAAUUUGUGUCGCUGAGUCAGCAAGCCUUUCAGAUUUGCCCGGUUUUUGUUGUUUGCGUUUUCUAUCAAGAUGGGAAUCCACACAAGUCAUUCCUCCUAAGGAUCUGGUAUCUUCAUCAAGAAGGCACGGUUUGUGCCAGCUCUCCACAGAGAAAAGGUCUCCUGGCAGCACUGGGCAAUGAACCCGAGACUCCAGCCCAGUGUGGUCUGAACCCGUUGGGGAAGUCGGGGAGUCCUGGGGAAGAUGGCCAUGGCCCCAAGCCCUUCCCUGGCUCAGGUGUACACCAGCCCGGUGGCAGUGGCCGUGUGGGAAUGGCAGGACGGGCUGGGCACCUGGCACCCCUACAGCGCCGCCGUCUGCAGCUACAUCGAGCAGCAGUUUGUGCAGCAGAAGGGCCAGCGCUUCGGACUGGGGAGCCUGGCCCACAGCAUCCCCUUAGGCCAAGCCGACCCCUCGCUGGCUCCUUACAUCAUCGACCUCCCCAGCUGGACGCAGUUCCGCCAGGACACUGGCACCAUGCGGGCCGUGCGGAGGCACCUGUUCCCGCAGCACUCGGCCCCCGGCCGGGGCGUCAUCUGGGAGUGGCUGGGUGACGACAACUCCUGGACGGCCUACGAGGCCAGCGUCUGCGACUACCUGGAGCAGCAGGUGGCCCGGGGCAACCAGCUCGUGGACUUGGCGCCCCUGGGGUACAACUACACCGUCAACUAUGCCACCCACAAGCAGACCAACAAGACUUCCAGCUUCUGCCGGAGUGUGCGGCGCCAGGCGGGGCCCCCGUACCCGGUGACCACCAUCAUCGCCCCGCCAGGCCACACAGGCGUGGCCUGCUCUUGCCAACAGUGCCUCAGCGGUGGUACCACUGGCCCCGUGUCAGGCCGCUACCGCCACUCCAUGACCAACCUCCCCGCCUACCCCGUCCCCCAGCCCCCCCACAGGACCGCCAUUGUUUGGGGGACCCACCAGGCCUUUGCUCCGUACAACAAGCCCUCCCUCUCCGGGGCCAGGUCUGCGCCCAGGCUAAACACCACCAACCCCUGGGCCGGGGCGCCGUCCUCCCUGGGGAGCGCGCCCCUCUGCCGCUCCAGCCUCUCCCACCUGGCAUUGCAGCACCAGCCCUCAGGACCGUCCGCCACCCGCGCAGCCAGUGCCUCCCUGCCCAGCGGUCCAGCGAGCAGCCCCCAGAGCGUCCCCGCCACGGUGCCCAUGAAGAUGCCGAAGCCCAGCCGGGUCCAGCAAGCCCUCGCAGGCAUGACGAGUAUUCUGAUGUCAGCCAUUGGACUCCCUGUGUGUCUUAGCUGCGCACCCCAGCCUGCCAGCCCUCCCGCCUCCUGUCUGGCCUCUAAAAGUCACAGCUCAGUUAAGAGAUUGAGGAAAAUGUCCAUGAAAGGAGGGUCCCCAAAGCCAGAGCCAGAGCAGGUAAUCAGAAACUACACCGAAGAGUUGAAGACGGCUCCGGAGGAGGACUGCACCAUCUGUAUGGAGAAGCUGUCUGUGGCGUCUGGGUACAGCGACGUGACCGACAGCAAGACCGUCGGGCCCAUGGCCGUGGGCUGCUUGGCCAAGUGCAGCCACACCUUCCACCUGCUCUGCCUGCUGGCCAUGUACUGCAAUGGGAACAAGGAUGGAAGCUUGCAGUGUCCCUCCUGCAAAACGAUCUACGGGGAGAAGACUGGGACCCAGCCCCGGGGGAAGAUGGAGGUGUUCACGUUUCAGAUGUCCCUCCCUGGCCACGAGGACUGCGGGACGAUUCUCAUAGUCUACAACAUUCCCCACGGCAUUCAGGGCCCUGAACACCCCAACCCUGGAAAGCCCUUCACUGCCAGAGGGUUUCCCCGCCAGUGCUACCUUCCCAACAACGCCCAGGGCCGCAAGGUCCUGGAGCUGCUGAAGGUGGCCUGGAAGAGGCGCCUUAUCUUCACAGUAGGAACAUCCAGCACCACCGGAGAGACGGAUACAGUGGUGUGGAACGAGAUCCACCACAAGACCGAGAUGGACCGCAACGUGACAGGCCACGGCUACCCCGACCCCAACUACCUGCAGAACGUGCUGGCUGAGCUGGCUGCCCAGGGGGUGACCGAGGACUGCCUGGAGCAGCAGUGACCCGCGGCCUGGCUGGCCCGGUUCGCCCACCACGACGGCGGGCUCCCUGUGGAGCACGGGCUCCCCAUGCCCACCCGUCCCCCUCCCUGUGCCCGCCGGGCCUGGGUCUCUGUGGAAACCGGGCGAGCCUGGGAGUCAUACGUGUGGGGCCUUCGGCUGCUGCUACCUCAGUGUGUGGGCCCCUCCAUCCUCGGUGGGCUGUGUGGGGCCCUCAGUGUCCGGGGUGAGGAGAGGCUGCCUGCCGUGUGUGCCGCGGGGGCAGGCCUCUGUCUGGGUCAGCUGCUCAUACCUCAGAUGUUCUGUUUGCAAUAAAUGCUCUAAAGCCAAA